GUGAUUACAGAGAUAUGAAGUUUUAUACGUUUCUUUUGGGUUCUUAUCUUCUUAGUUAGUGCAAAGAAUUCGAUGCAAAUUUGAAUUGUUGAGUGUCACUGUACUGAGUCGAUUCGAAAGUUUUAAAAAUUCUGAUCACACUUGACUCAUUGCAAGCAACGAACAAUUGGUAUUCCAUAAGAAAUGCCGAAAUAUAAGCUAACUUACUUCAAUGUGACAAGUCUGGGAGAACCGAUAAGAUUUCUCCUAAGUUACGGCGGUGCAGAUUUCGAAGAUGUGCGUAUAGACAGACAAAACGAGUGGCCGGCAAUCAAGCAUACUAUGCCUUUUGGCCAGGUACCAAUUCUCGAGAUAGAUGGAAAGGUUUAUUACCAAACUCUACCGAUAUGUCGUUACCUUGCACGGCAGUUUAACAUCGGUGGCCAAACCGAUUUAGACGCCCUGGAAAUCGAUGCUAUCGCAAAUUCGGUUUACGACCUCAGAAAACUCGCAGCACUUUACUACUGGGAAGCGAAUCCGGAUGAGAAGGCUAAGAAAAGAGAGACUCUGGUGAACGCGUCUCUUCCCUUUUAUUUGAAAAAGUUCGACGAAAUUUUAAAGGAUAACGCUGGCUAUUUUCACGGAGGAGAGCUCAGCUACGCGGAUUUGUUCUUCGCUGCAGCUUAUCAUAACAUAAACAGUUUCAUGGGCUUUGACGUCGCAAAGGAUUACCCAAACUUGAGACGACUGGUAGACAAAGUUCUUGCGUUGCCUAAAAUCGCUGCCUGGGUGGCGAAGAGACCAAAAACUCCUUAUUAGUUGACCUC